AGAGAGAGAGAGAGAGAGCUCUGCUGAUGUGCAGACAGCUACACCGGGUGCUUUGACACCGAGCGUCCUGUGAAUUCGCAUCCUUUCUGUAUUUCCAAAGGAAAUAGCCAUCUGGAGAGCUUUUCCAAUCCGUUCAUUCCCUUUUGUAUGUGAACAUUUCUACAGAUUUCCUUUCCUUCCAUCUUUCGAAGAAACGCUCUCACAAUUGCUUUGUAAUCCGUCGAUUCUCGUCUCGUCUGCAGUUGCACACCAAACAGGAGCACCGGCUUUCUUUGUGAUUUCCUAUCCAUCUCGUCGGAAAUAAUCUGCUAGCCUAACCACUCCAGAGAAACAAAAUGUUGGACCCUUCGUCCAGUGAAGAGGAAUCAGAUGAGACCGUGGAAGUAGAAAGCAAAGAGGUUAUGGCCCCUCAGGCCGGAGCUCGUCUGUCCCCGAGCCGGACUAGCGAGAGCUCCGGCGGGUUGCAGCCCAGCAGUCGGAGCAGCAGCGUCCGGCCGUCGAGCCCCAGCCCCUCAGUGGUGAGUGAAAAAGAAAAAGAAGAAAUGGAGAAAUUGCAAAAGGAAGAAGAAGAGCGAAAGAAGAAAUUACAAUUGUACGUCUUUGUGAUGAGAUGUAUUGCCUACCCUUUUAAUGCUAAGCAGCCGACAGACAUGGCGAGGAGGCAGCAAAAGAUAAGCAAGCAACAACUGCAGACUGUUAAAGAUCGAUUUCAAGCCUUUCUCAAUGGAGAAACCCAGAUUGUAGCAGAUGAAGCCUUUAUCAACGCUGUACAAAGUUAUUACGAGGUAUUUCUGAAAAGUGAUCGGGUUUCCCGGAUGGUGCAAAGUGGAGGCUGCUCUGCCAACGACUCAAGGGAGGUGUUCAAAAAGCACAUUGAGAAGAGGGUGCGCAGCUUACCAGAAAUUGAUGGGCUCAGCAAGGAGACAGUGCUCAGUUCAUGGAUGGCCAAAUUUGAUGCAAUUUACAGGGGUGAGGAAGACCCACGGAAGCAGCAGACCCGAAUGACAGCAAGUGCCGCCUCAGAACUCAUCCUCAGCAAGGAGCAGCUCUACGAGAUGUUCCAGCAGAUUCUAGGAAUUAAAAAGUUUGAACACCAGCUUCUAUAUAACGCCUGCCAACUGGAUAACCCUGAUGAACAAGCGGCCCAAAUUAGGAGAGAACUAGAUGGACGUCUCCAAAUGGCCGACCAGAUCGCAAGAGAGCGCAAGUUUCCCAAGUUUGUGUCAAAGGAAAUGGAGAACAUGUACAUCGAGGAACUGAAGUCCUCUGUGAAUUUACUCAUGGCAAACCUGGAAAGCAUGCCUGUGUCCAAAGGUGGUUCUGAGUUUAAGUUACAGAAAUUGAAACGUAGCCACAACACAUCUAUCAUCGAUAUGGGGGAGGAGAACGAAAACCAGCUCUCUAAAUCAGAUGUGGUGCUGGCCUUCUCACUCGAGGUAGUCAUUAUGGAAGUUCAAGGUUUAAAAUCUCUGGCUCCCAAUCGGAUUGUUUACUGCACCAUGGAAGUCGAAGGAGGGGAAAAACUGCAAACCGACCAGGCAGAGGCUUCCAAGCCCAUGUGGGGGACUCAAGGUGAUUUUACUACGACACAUCCACUUCCCGCUGUGAAAGUGAAACUGUUUACGGAGAGCACUGGUGUCCUGGCAUUGGAAGACAAAGAGCUGGGGAGAGUUGUCUUACAUCCAACACCAAACAGCCCAAAACAAGCAGAAUUACACAAAAUGACAGUUUCCAAAAAUUGCCCAGAUCAAGACCUCAAAAUCAAGCUUGCCAUUCGAAUGGACAAACCCCAGAAUAUGAAGCACUCCGGAUACCUAUGGGCAAUUGGUAAAAAUGUGUGGAAGAGAUGGAAGAAGAGAUUUUUUGUCCUUGUUCAGGUCAGCCAGUAUACAUUUGCUAUGUGCAGUUACAGAGAAAAGAAAGCAGAGCCACAGGAACUGCUGCAGCUUGACGGGUAUACAGUGGAUUACACAGAUCCGCAGCCAGGUUUGGAGGGUGGCAGAGCCUUCUUUAAUGCUGUCAAAGAGGGUGACACGGUGAUUUUUGCUAGUGAUGAUGAGCAAGACCGCAUUCUUUGGGUCCAAGCAAUGUACCGUGCCACGGGCCAGUCCCAUAAACCUGUACCACCUACCCAGGUCCAAAAACUGAAUGCUAAAGGAGGAAAUGUUCCUCAGCUAGAUGCACCCAUUUCACAGUUUUAUGCAGACAGAGCUCAAAAGCAUGGAAUGGAUGAAUUUAUCUCAGCUAACCCUUGUAACUUUGACCACGCAUCGCUUUUCGAGAUGCUACAGACUCUUACCUUGGACCACAGGCUUAACGACUCCUACUCUUGUCUGGGGUGGUUCAGUCCAGGCCAGGUUUUUGUCCUUGAUGAGUAUUGUGCUCGCAAUGGAGUCCGAGGUUGUCAUAGACAUCUCUGCUACCUGAAUGAUUUAUUGCAACGGGCAGAGAAUGGUGCAAUGAUAGAUCCCACUUUACUUCAUUAUAGCUUUGCAUUUUGUGCAUCUCACGUGCAUGGAAACAGUCAGAAAAUGCCAGAAUUACUUGGUGGGCCACAGCAAAAUGCAGAGACUGAGUGGGACAAAUCACCCAGUCCCUCAGUCACUGAGCCCGAGGCUAACUCAAAAAAGGAUUUCAAAAAGGAUUCUAAAAAAAGAAAGGAUUCCAAAUCUCAGCCAGCCCCUGAGUCGAAAAGGCCUGAUGGAAUAGGAACAGUAACAGUAGAAGAGAAAGAACGAUUUGAAGAGAUCAAAGAACGGUUACGGUUACUUCUUGAGAACCAAAUCACACAUUUCAGGUACUGCUUCCCAUUUGGUCGACCAGAGGGUGCAUUAAAAGCCACAUUAUCAUUACUAGAAAGGGUUUUAAUGAAGGAUAUAGUAACACCUGUACCACAAGAAGAAGUGAAGGCUGUAAUUCGUAAAUGCCUGGAGCAGGCAGCACUGGUCAAUUACACUCGACUUUCUGAGUAUGCCAAAGUUGAAGGGAAAAAGAGAGAAAUGUAUGAACAUCCUGUCUUCUGCUUGGCCUCUCAAGUGAUGGAUUUAACCAUUCAAAAUCAAAAGGAUCCAGCUCCACGGUCUAGACCUAAACCGCCACCAGCACCUGUAUCCUCUAAGUCGCAGAUAGACACGAUAAAUCAGAGACUCAAAGGCAUUCCUAGGCAAAUACCAAAAAAUGUAGGCCGCUUAGUCACGCCUGCCAAAAAAUUAGAAGAUACCAUUCGACUUGCUGAGCUGGUCAUAGAAGUCUUGCAGCAAAAUGAAGAGCACCAUGCAGAGGCAUUUGCCUGGUGGUCGGACUUGAUGGUAGAACAUGCUGAGACCUUCCUGGCUUUGUUUGCGGUGGACAUGGAUGCAGCUUUAGAAGUUCAACCUCCUGACACGUGGGACAGCUUUCCACUCUUCCAGCUGUUAAAUGAUUCCCUUAGAAGCGAUUAUAAUUUGUGCAAUGGAAAGUUCCACAAACAUCUUCAAGAUCUCUUUGCUCCACUUGUGGUUAGAUAUGUCGACCUGAUGGAGUCUUCAAUUGCGCAAUCAAUUCAUAGGGGCUUUGAGCGGGAAUCAUGGGAGCCUGUAAAGAGUUUAACAAGUAAUCUGCCCAAUGUGAAUCUACCAAAUGUGAAUCUCCCUAAAGUUCCAAAUCUACCAGUUAACCUCCCACAAAUGCCUAGCUUUUCUACUCCGUCAUGGAUGGCAGCUAUUUAUGACUCUGACAAUGGAUCAGGUACUUCAGAAGAUCUCUUCUGGAAGCUGGACGCCUUACAGACAUUUAUCCGGGAUCUUCACUGGCCAGAAGAAGAGUUUGGGAAACACCUGGAGCAGCGGUUGAAACUUAUGUCUAGUGAUAUGAUAGAGUCAUGUGUUAAAAGAACAAGAAUUGCAUUUGAAGCGAAGCUUCAGAAAACUAGCCGAUCAACUGAUUUCCGAGUUCCACAAUCAAUAUGCACAAUGUUUAACGUGAUGGUGGAUGCCAAGGCUCAGUCUGCAAAGCUAUGCAGUAUGGAAAUGGGUCAAGAGAGACAAUAUCACUCUCAGAUAGAUAAUCUCAUUGAAGAAACGGUAAAAGAAAUGAUAACCCUUUUGGUAGCAAAGUUUGCUACUAUUCUGGAAGGAGUCCUUGCAAAGUUGUCAAGAUACGACGAAGGAACACUGUUUUCUUCAUUCCUAUCUUUUACAGUGAAAGCUGCCUCAAAAUAUGUGGAUGUACCUAAACCCGGGAUGGAUGUUGCAGAUGCCUAUGUGACCUUCGUCCGCCAUUCUCAGGAUAUUCUCCGUGAUAAGGUCAAUGAGGAGAUUUAUAUAGAAAGAUUAUUUGAUCAAUGGUAUACCAGCUCAAUGAAUCUUAUUGGCACAUGGCUGACAGACCGAAUGGACCUGCAACUUCACAUUUAUCAACUGAAAAUUCUUAUCAGGAUUGCAAAGAAAAAAUACAGGGAUUUCCGGCUACAGGGAGUUCUCGACUCAACCUUAAACAGCAAGAUGUAUGACACCGUUCGUAACAGACUGACGCUGGAGGAGGCCACGGCCUCUGUGAGCGAAGGAGGUGGCCUCCAAGGAAUAACAAUGAAGGACAGUGACGAAGAAGAUGAGGAGGACGACUAGAUCACAAGUCCUGACGCCCCACCUUUGACUUAGUAUGGUUACCAAUGCAUGUACCAACUCUGUUGUUCAGUUAGCCACUUUAGCAAAUUUCUGUCAGCUCUAAAAAUGCCCAUGAUGGUAAUGUAAGAAAAAAAAAAAAAAAUAACAAGAAAAAUGACAUUUUAGCUGUGUGAUAACCAAGUUAGCACCAAACUCUGACUCAUUGAUUUCGAACUUCAUUUCUGUAUGUUUCCAAGCAAUAUGGAGUACCAUUUGUUUGACGAUGUUCAGUGAGAUAUUAGGAAUACUGCUAGGUGUGUCCCUGUUAAAUGCAAACCUCUAUGGAGCUUCAAACACAUUCUGUACAUACUUUGAUGGUUCUUUGUUGUGAAGAUGAGUGACUAGGCUCUUAUUUGUUACAUUCGUUUCUUACGUGGAUGCCAUUCAACAACAACACUGAGAAGGCCCCUUGACAAUAAGAGAGAACACAUUUUCAAAUUUGAUUUUUUUUUUUAAUAGCUUGUUUAUUUUUAGAUUUAGUUUUCCGGUUGGCCUGACUCCGUUUUUAUCUCCCAGACUUUUCUUUAAAUGGGUUGGUAUUUUAGAAACGAAAUGUCCUCGUUGCUUCAUUCUGUCCGAGACGAGUGGAGCGGCUUUCCUUUUUACACGACGCUUUUCAGUCACCCCGAGUUUAGAUCACCGUAACAAGAAACUGAGAAGAAGAAGAAAUAAUAAUAAUAAUAAAAAAAAAGACUUCUUCCUCAAUGUUGUUUUAACCAUUCCAGGAAAAUUAUAAUAAAAAAAAAUAAUGUGUUUAUAAUCUUUGUGUUCCAAUUGCAUAAAAUGUCGGGUAUUCUUUUUGUUUCCCUGUUGUUUUGUAUAUAUGACGCUGUACAUUGCAUUUGAAGCAUUAGCUGCAUGUCCUUGGGCUUAGACCUUCUCCUGAAGCUUUGAUUUCUGUGUCAUGUAGCUGGUGAAUUCAUCUCGCUUCUGCCUUACAAAAGCCUACAGUUGUAAUAUGCAAGGACUGUGGCCUCUCAAUAAAAUAACUGUACAAAUAUA